AUGGAAAACGAGGAAAAUCGCGACCCUUCGAAGUCAAUAAAGGAAAUUCCGAAUGAAAAUUUUAAGAAAAAAUCAAUUUUGCUGAAUCAAUUUGGUAAUCGAGUCAUAAAAAACUGAAAUGAUUUGGUGAAAAUUCCACCAUUUAAAACGAAACCGUGGAGUCCACCUGGCCCACCCGUAAGACCACCAAAAACAGUUGUUAAGAUUCCUCCUUUCAAGACACGUCCUUGGGUUCCUUGUUCAUCUACUGUUAAACCAAAAAUAAAACCUGUCAUCGAAUAUCCACCUCUCAAAUUUUGUAAAAAAUCUCUCAAACCUAAAUUAAACAAACAGCAAAAGAAACCUCCAACAAGACAAAGACUGGAGAAAACUUUCUUUCCAUUGCCUGUAUCAACGUUGGGCAAAACUUGGCAUCUCUUCAAAUACAUUUCACCGAAAUUGCAAAUAUUGUGUGGAAGUCUUUCUCAAUUUUCGAAGAUAUUUAAUUAUCGUAGUAAUGGAAAGCAAAGUGCAUUUAUAGCAGUUGUUGCACUCGUCCACUCUCAACUUUGUCCAAUGAAGUUUUGGGAAUCCGAAACUGUCAAUGAGAUUAUCUGUUAUGGUGACAUCAACUUUCGUAAGCAACAAAACAAACUUCGAUGUCACACGAUCAUCAAACCCCCACAUAUCAAAUUUCGAGUGUACACAAAACGUGCAAAAGUUUUUACUGACAUUGGAACGACAACGAAACGUGGAAUUUUUAAUCCAAAGAAAACAGAUUCUCUCGUUGCACAAAUGAAUGAAAUGAUUGUUGAGAGUAAUUGCAUAAUUUUCACUUAUUGUGGUCAAAGUUAUGCAAUUUGGAAGGAACAAAACGCAUUUUAUGUUUUGAAUUCGGAAGAUGUUGAUCGAUAUGGAAAAUUAGUGAUGAAAUCAAGCAGUGGUGGUUGUGUCAUGAGAUCAUCUGAGAAAAUUGAUGAAAUCGUUCAAUAUCUUGUGGGAGUUGUUAAAGUACCGAAGAAACUUUACGACAUUUACUCAUUCAAGAUAAGUCGGAAAGUUGUUGUUGAAGAAGAAAUAAAAAGUUUGGGAAACAAUCCAAAAGAACCUUCAAAUGAUGCAAAACCAGAUGAAAUUGAAAAAAAGCAAAAUUUCUAUAAAUCAAGACAAACGGGAUUUGUGAAAGAAUUUUCUAAAACUUUAUUUGAAGAACAACCACAACCUUCAUUUCCAUCACCUGUUCAACCUUCUCAUGGUUUUCUGCAAUGCAAUGAAUAUUUGUCAAAAUCAGCAGCUGAUAAACGAAUUGCACCUUUCAUUUCAUGUGCAGCUCUUGCCAUGCUUCGAAUUUGUAAAUCGACUUUGUGGAAAACGUCAACUUUAAAAGAAAUCUUUAACAUUGGACGAGAAAUUUUUACGGAAAAUGUUGAAGAAAUUUUAUUGAAACGAGAAGAAAAGCAGAUGCAGUUGAUGAAAGAUCUUGCUGACCUUGCAGAACUUGUUCAACGACCAGAAGAAGAUGAAAUUGUAGACAAUCAAAUUGAAGAGAAAAUUGGGGAUGAAAAGCCAAAAAAGAAUAAAAAAGUUCCAAAACCUGAGAAAUGUGAAAAAUCUUCCGACAUUCCCAUCACAGAAAUUUCUCCAAUUGCAACAAUUAAAUGCCAACAAUUUGAGAUUAUAACAGAAAACAUAAUUUUUGGAAAAGUUUUGAAUCGUGGACGUGAUAUUUUAUCAAUCAGUGAUGGAAUCAAAGCACUUUUCAAGCAAUUCGACUUGGGAUUGAUUCAAGGUCCGGAAGAUGUUGCAAUUUGGCGUGAAAAAAAUUUAUUUUUCAUGUUUGAUCCUUGUCAAUGUAAUGAGUUUAGAAAUUCAUUUGAAGAUGAAUGUUGCAGUUGUUUAAGUUGGUUUGGGAAUGUCGAAGAUCUCAUUAAACUUUACAUCGAGAAGGUUCCAAAAGAGUUUCGUAAUUCGGUUUUCAAGAUUGCCAAAGUUGAUGUUCACGAUUACAGAAAGAAAUCUGAUAAUUGGAAGAACUUUAAAGCGAUUGGCCUUAACAAAUGGAUUCUCAGUGGGAAAAUUUCAGAAUCAUCAGAUUUGUUUAAAGAAUCUAAUCGAAAUCAUCAAGGAACUUGCAUCUCUGUUGUUGCUCUCGUCAUGACUCGUGAGCUUGGUUUGCAAAGUUGGACAACUGAAACAGUUGAUGAGAUUGUUCAACUUGGUGAUGAAUUUCAUUCUGGAUCUAUUUUGUCUUUGGAAAGCAAAGGUGAACUGAUUGACAGUGACUUGAGGUUAUCUGAAUUGGGAAACGAACUGAAACUCCAAAGAAUCAUCGUUGAUCUGUUAUACGAAGAAUGCAUCAUUAAUGGAAGCUUACUAGCAAAUGAUUCGUCUGAUGACAACUUGACGCUCUGUCAAGGUUUGAAAACUUUCUUUGAAAAUGACGAUCUUGGUGUGUUAACAUGUUGUGGUGUUUCACUUGCAAUUUGGAGACAUUCUGAUGCAUUUUACUUGUUUGAUAGUCAUGGAAGAGACGAACAAGGACGAAAUUUGAAGGUUGUUGAUCCAAUUCAUGGCUGUAUGAUUGCCGGAUCUGCUUGUGUUCUUCGUUUUCUUUCCGUAAAUGAUCUUGCUUGUCAUUUAAAAACCAACAUGGAAGUCGGUGACGUUCCUGACUUCAAUAUCAGUCGAAUUGAUGUAUCUGUUAGAUCGACAACAACUCCUUGUCUUUACAAUUAUAAAAAGCUUGGAAAUGGAAAUUUUGCAGCAAUUCUGAAAGCUUUUGACAACUUCCAUGAAGAUUGUGAAGAUUUCAGAUCAAAUUUGAGUCAGAAAACUUUCUGCAAUUUAAUUGCUUGUAUGUGCUUUUCGCGAGUGUUAGGUCCACGUUUCUGGACGACUUCAGAUGUCAAAGAAAUCUUGAAGAUUGGCUAUAAAGUUCUUUGUUCAAUUGCUGGAUCAUUGACAGCUGAUAGUGACGAACCACUUUGGAGUUUGUUAGGACAUGUUGACAUCAGUUCUAUGAAAAUGAAGUUGGAAAUGACAAGACAAGAAAGUGGAACCUUCUCUGGUCGCAAGCAUGUUUUAGCAUCAGCAGAAAAUUCAAGAGAAUCAUUGGAAGAGAAUUUUAACAUCUCAGAGAUUGAUCCUCGAUCUUCGAAACGUUCAAUGAAUUUCCCAGAUGACAGCCAAUCAAUCACAUCCAUGAAUGAACAUCCAGACGAUUGUGAAGCAACUGGAUCAUUAGCUGAAAUAUUAAAACAAUUAGAACAAGAAAAAGAAGUUUUCGGAAUUUUAAGUUCAGACAUUUUCAACAUUGCAGUUUUUAAACUUGAUCGAUUUUAUUUUGUCUUUGAUCCGAAAGCUUCAGACGAAAAUGGAAAACUUAUCAGAAAGCGACUUGAAAUGUUUCUUAAACGUACAGUGAUUGAAGAGAGAUCAAAACUUUAUGAACAAAUGAAUGAAUUUCAAGCAAAACAAAGAUCGGAUGAAGGAAGAAAAUCUGUCGAGGCUGAUCUUCAAGAAGUUCAAUUCGGUCGACAAUUUGGUUUUCCUCCACCACUUGGUAAACCUUCAAUGAAUAUUCUCGCCACUGGGUUCGGUGACGAUUCAAUAAGUGACAUUGGCAGUGCUUACGUCGCAUGGUUUUCAUCUGUCGAGCUUUUACAUCAACACAUCAUGGAUAAAAUGCCAAAUUCCUACCACAUUCAAACAUUCACUUUCGAUCAUUUCACAAUCUUAAACACUAAAAUCGUUAAUGAAAAUCUUGAACGUUGGAAUAACUUUGAACCUGUGUCAUCCACUCACUGGAUUCUUCGUGCAAGCAUGUCACAAAAUGAUACACAAUUUGCAGAUGUCAAUCGAAAUCAUCAAGACAUUCCCAAUGCAAUCAUUGCUUUAACAUUUUCCCAAUUAUGUUCAUUAAAUGAAUGGAACUCGACAGUUGUUGAUAUUAUUCUUAAACUUGGUGAUCGAUUGUACAAGAAGUCUUUAAAGCGUUGGAUGAAGUCGAUUGGUGAAUUACCCGAGAACUUAAGAAUGUCUUUGGAUCAAGUUGAUCUCCCAGUUUUCAUUCGACCUUUCAUCGUUACUGUAAAAGAUGAAUUUGUGAAACGUGACUUAACAGUUAAAUCUCACGACAAAGAACCGAUGGAAGGAAUGAAAGACAGUUUACUUGAAUUUCUAUCAGCUGAUUCUGGAAUUUUAUCUGGUAAAGAUUAUCAUGUUGCGAUUUGGAAAAGUGAUGAUGGAAAUGAUUUUAUGAUGUUCGAUCCACAUGACAUUGGACCAGAAGGAAUUCGAAGAUCAACUGGCGUUGCUUGUUUGCAUCGUUUUACUGAUCAUAAGAAACUUGUUGAGAUAUUUUGCAGCAAUGUUAAAGAGCUUGAAGGUGUGAAUGAAUAUCAAUUGACAAGAGUUUCUAUUGUUAAGACACAUUUCGAAGACUCAAGAGAUGACAGAGAAGCUGACACGUUUUCAACAAUUGAUGACGAUUACAAUUUGUACACAACAACUUCUAAUGUUCGAUCAAUUCGUUCUAAAGAUGCAACGACAAUUGAAUGGACGAAAGAAAAUGUUGCGAUAGGAGUUUGUUAUGCAGUUGCAAUGCUUUGUUUGAGUAGAUCAUUGGAACCUGAAUACUACACUCAUGACAUCAUCGAUAAAAUUAUCGUCUUUGGCAAUGAUUUGAUUAAGGAAUGUUCUGAUAAUUGUUUCAUUGACUUUCAACUUUGUGAACAGAAUCUUUGUCCCGAUGAGAUUAAUUGGAACUUUGAACUUAACAAUGUUCAGACAAACAUUCAAAUGGACAUCUUUCAACGGGGAAUUGUUUCAAAACUACCAUGCCCAGCUCCACGUUUACGUGAUGUUAUUGAAGAGUUCUUCACUUUCUAUUCUGUUGGUGUUUUAGUGACGCAAAGUUUUGUUGUCGCAAUCUGGAAAGAACGAAAUGAAUUUUUCAUUUUUUAUUCUUGUCCUAUCGACGACAAUGGAAAUGUUCAAGUUUCACGUCGAAUCAAAAUUGAAAUGAACACAAAAACUUCUCCUGGUUUGAUUAUUCUUAAAUCAGUUUCUGAUCUCUAUCAAAAUAUUAUCGGAAAUAUUGAUCGUGAUUCAUUUUGUAAGCCAUUUGAAUUGAGAGUUUGCAACAUAACAAUGACGGAUUUGGAUGACACAACUUUUGAUGCUUCUCCAGAACUUUUAACUUCAUUUAAUGAAGAAGAAAUUUUACCAGCAGUGUCAGCAAACGUCACUCAAAAACAGAAAGAAUUAAGACGAAGUAACAACACUGACGAAUAUCAAAAGUUAAUUAAGGAAAUUAAAGCAAAAAAAGGAAAUUCCGGUGGUUUUAUUGAAUUCAGCAAAGGAAGUCUCAUUUGUGGAAAGUUAUCAACAAGUUCAAAGAGUUUAAACGAAUAUGCCAGAAAGUAUCAUGCCGGUGCAAUUUGCUUACUGGCAGUUGCUAUGAGUUCGGUGAAAGAAUUAAAUUGUUGGAAUGGCAACACCAUUAACAAUGUCGUUAAAUCAGGAAGUAAUUUAUACAUCGAGUCAUCAGUUGCAAACGACACGAAAGACGUUACAAUGUCAAUGCUCAUUACUUCGUUUAAUUUCUGUGAAUUGGAAGUUUUCGCAAAAAUUGAGUCAUUUAAAAACAUUCCUGUUGACAAUUUGGAGAGAGAUUUUCUGACUUCUACUUUGACCGAGUUCUUCUCAUGUUAUGAAAAUGGAUAUUUGUGUCGGGGAUUGGAAUGUUGGGCCGUCUUUAAGCGUUGCAAAAGUUUUUAUAUUUUCGAUCCACAGGGAAUUGAGAUAAAUGACAGAAAGCGAUAUUCUGUACUUUAUAAGUUUGAUUCUGUAGAUUUGCUGGUCGAACAAAUUCUCAAAUAUUUGGAAGAUUCUGAAGAGCUUUGCACACUUGGUGCAAUUUUAUGUUGUGCAAAUCUUCCAAAAGAUGAAGGAGACAAAGAAGAGAAAGUUGUCAAACCGAAAAAGAAAUCUAAAUUUUGUAAGAAAACUGUUCUAAAAGUUCCUUCCGCAAAUCCACCUCAAAUGAUUCUAAAAGAAUUGAAUCAAAAACGUAGUGAAACUCUCUGCCCGCCAAACACAUCACAUCAAAUUUCCGUUAAGGAAUUUUUCGGCUGUUAA